AUGGCUUGCAAAUGGGAUAACCCAGGCCUGCAGUUGCCGGUGCUUUCCCGGGGCAUUUUCUCCAUUAAAUACACCGUGCUCUCUGCAACUAAAAAGUCACAGUUGCUACGACUUCAACACAACAUUCCUGCAACAAGUAGUGUCCCAGCUUCCGUGGGACCGGAAAAGCGUCUUUCCGUGUCUCAGCAUCAAGCCCCUGAUCCCACCAAGCGACUGCCGCGGCUGGAGGAGAUGCGGCACUCGCACUCACCUCGCGCGGAGCAGGGCUCGCCCCGCGGACCGCAGCGCCGCUUCCUUUCUCCCUAUGAGCCCCAGCCUGGGCCCCGGGAAGACCCGGAGAGCCGAUCAGGAGCGGCGGAGGCAGCCGCGCGGGCGAGCUCGGGGCACGUUCCGGCGGAAGCACCUGGAUCCGGGUUUUCACUCGUGCCCUGUUCACAAGCUCGUGGGACCCGGGUUCUAAGAACACUGGGCCGCCCCCUGCUGGUGAUCGUGGUUCACAGUCCGCCUCAGGCCACGGCCCUAUGGAAAGUUCUCGGGAAGGCUGCGGGGGCCCUCUUCUUCAAGACAAGGAAACUUUCCGUUUCUCCAACUGGACUGGGACUGGAGCGCAUUCAAAGUCACCUAUUCAGGCCAGGCUCACACAUAGACCAGAGAGAGCUUCUGCCGUGUAAGAACACAUAUCCCUUGUAUGAGGCACAGACGCUAAUGGAUGAAGAAUCUGCCGGGGCGUUGAUCUUGGACUUCCCAGCCUCCAGACUGGGAGCAAUGGCGUUCUGUUGUUUAUGCGUUACCCAAACUAAGGACUUACGAUCAUUGUGUUGAAAUCAAGAUCAUUCAGCUCCAACAAUUUUCUUUCCUUUCCUCCUUUGCAGUUCUAGCUGCUCGAUUAUUAUUCUGGCAACCUAAAAAGCACUUUAAUAAAGAGAUGCUAGACCAAAAGAACCCUGAAAGUUAAUAAAGAAAAAAAAGAAAGAAAAAACAAAAUAAAGAGAUGCUAGACCUCUGACAAUGACUCCCAUUUCUUCCAGCUAGUCAUUACAUUUACAGAGACAGGGUUUUUGUUGUUGUUGUUGUUGCUGCUGUUGUUGUUGUUUUAUGAGAUAGAGUCUCGCUCUGUCACCCAGGCUGGAGGGCAGUGGCACGAUCUGGGCUCACUGCAAGCUCCGCCUCCUGAGUUCAGGCAAUUCUCCUGCCUUAGCCUCCCAAGUAGCUGGGAUUACAGGCGCCCAUCACCAGGCCCAGGUUUUUGGUUUUUUUUUUUUUUUUUUUUUUUAACUAGAGACGGGGUUUUGCCAUGUUGGCCAGGCUGGUCUCGAACUUCUGACCUCAGGUGAUCCACCUGCCUCGGCCUCCCAAAGUGCUGGGAUUACAGACGUGAGCCACAGUGCCUGGCAAGAUUUAUAGAGAGAGGGUCUAAAUUCAUUAGCCUCCCAUCUCUUCCUCUUGGUGAGCUCUGUGGUUCUGCUAAAACAACAACAAAAAACUACCUAUUUUUCUUCUCCUUGAAUGGUUUAUUCUUCUGAUUGUAUACAAGCAAACACACAAGCUUUACAGAUGAGCAACUUUAUUAGGUUUAAUCCUCCAAUAAGCUACCUUCCACACUUCAGGGUUUCGCGAGUAUGUGUGUGUGUGUGUAUGUGUACACUUCAUAGGAAACCUGAUUCUGCCCAGGGUCAGCUCUGGGAAAGUUGCUAGUGGGAGUGACUGAAGGUGGCAGAGGCCUGGAAGGUAAGACAACGGAGACCCUGUCUCUAAAUAAAUAAGUAAAUAGAGACCUAACAACUAAUUUAUUGCGAAUUUACUAUGUACCAGGAACUGUACAGGAGAUUGUGGAUAAAGAAAUGAAAAGACAUCAUUCCUAAUCUUGAAAAGCUCAAGGUUGGCCCAGCUUGGGCUCUCACACCUGUAAUCGCAGCACUUUGGAAGGCCAAGGCGGACGGAUCACCUGAGGUCAAGAGUUCGAGACCAGCCUGGUUAACAUGGUGAAACCCCAUCUCUACUGAAAAUGCAAAUAUUAGCUGGGCAUAGUGGAACGCACCUGUAAUCCCAGCUGCUCAGGAAGCUGAGGCAAGAGAAUAGCUGGAACCCAGCAGGUGGGGGUUGCAAUUAGCUGAGAUAGCACCACUGCACUCAGCCUGGGCAACAAAGUGAGACUCUGUCUCAAGAAAAAAACAAAAACAAAAAAAACAGACAAGCUCAAGGCCUAAGAGAUAAUAAACCAACAACAAUAAUAGAACACUAGUGAGGAAUGCAUAGUGCACUAUGGUAACAGAGGAGAAUACGGGUAUGUAUAGAGAAUGCUGAAAUAGCAUUAAAUUUUCUUUUUUUUUUUUUCUUUUUUUUUUUUUUUCUGAGACCGAGUCUCACUGUGUCGCCCAGGGUGGAGUGCAGUGGUGUGAUCUCAGCUCACUGCAACCUCCGCCUCCUGGGUUCAGGCAAUUCUCUGCCUCAGCCUCCCAAGUAGUUGGGAUAACAGGCAUCCGCCACCACACCCAGCUAAUUUUUGUAUUUUUAGUAGAGCCAGGGUUUCACCAUCUUGGCCAGGGUGGUUUUGAACUCCUGACCUGGUGAUCCACCCACCUCAGCCUCCCAAAGUGCUGGGAUUACAGGCGUGAACCACCGCGCCCGGCUAAAUUUUCUUUCGUUCUUCUUUUGAACUGCAAAUUACCUUUUUUUUUUUUUUUUUUUUUUGAGACAGAGUCUCGCUCUGUCAUCCAGGCAGGAGUGCAACGGCAGGAUCUCAGCUCACUGCAAGCUCUGCCUCACUAAAUACUACAUAACAUCAUGAUAAAUGCUUUUAAACUUUAUAUCAAAUUUCUCAUGUAUUUCAGUUGCAGUCAAAUCCAGGGUAUCCCUGGGGUGACCCCAAUGAGUCCACUCCCUGGUGUUCAUGUUUUGUAUCUUUUCCUCCCCUCCAGUGAGCGUGGCACCUGUGAUUUGAUCUAACCGAUAGCAUAAGGCAAAGUCUAUGGAAAGUCACUGCCAUGAUUACAUUAUUUAAGAUUCUGUUUUAGCAGACUGUGUCCUUCUUACACUUUUGUUAUUAAAAUGGUCUUGUUACUGGAAAGGGGACCCCAUCCAGAUCCAAGAGAGGGUUCUUGGAUCUUAAGCAAGAAAGAAUUUGAGGCUGGGUGCGGUGGCUCACGCCUGUAAUCCCAGCACUUUGGGAGGCCCAGGCAGGCGGUUCACGAGGUGAGGAGAUCGAGACCAUCCUGGCUAACACGGUGAAACCCCGUCUCUACUAAAAAAAAAAAAAAAAAAAA